UUUUGCUUUUACGCCCUUACUAAAAAUUGGGUUCUGUACCGGUAUCCGUCCUUGUCUCUUUACUUCAAAUGGGAUAUUUUGAUUUCCGGCAGUGCAGUGAGUUACAGCCUUUAUACACUUUACACGGUGCUGUCUUCAGUUUUAGAACCAAGUACGCUUCCACCAAAUUCACUUUCGGCCGGGAGCCGAAAGAUGAGACAUUGAUUUCACUGCCUUCUAAGCUUACCGCUAGGACUGCAACUUAACUCAAUUAAUUAAACCCCAACUCGAGUCAGAGCUGAAACUUAGUGGGCUUCCUUCGUUAUGUAUGCACAUACAGCGCAGAAUACUUGCUAAGUUAACAAACAAAGGUUACCAGCUCAAACUCUAUAAUAUGUGGUUGUCAUACUAACCAAAAGACAGGUAAAUACCAUUCCAAAACAAUAUACAUCGCAAGAAGUUUUGUCUGUUAACAUGAAUUUGUCAAGCAAGGCUUUUCACGCUUAAACAAUUUUUUUUGCUUAGGCAGCACUGUAAAAUUGGCCCCGAUUGGUCAAAAGCGUUUUCGUCAGGAUCUCGUGUUGCUGUAGCCUUGAUUCAAGGCGCGCAUAGCACCUAGAUACUCGUACAAAGACCACUUCACGGUGUAUGCAACGCGGUCGAAGCGCAGCUGGCCAGUGCAGUCUGGUACGGAGCCUCUUCGCGCCAAAAACUAUAAAUAAAUAAAAAAUAAAAAAGAAAGAAAAACGAAAAAGAGGGCGCUUUACAAAAUGGCAGCGCCUAGGCACAUAUCACGUUUACCAACGGCCACACGAAAAAACAAGUUCAAAUUCGAAAAGGGGAAACAUCAUGUCGAAGGUACUUGGAGAAAAGAUGGAAAACACGAUGGAAGGGUCGGUAGACUAGAUGAACACACUAUGGGCUAUUAUCGUCGAGUGGCAGAUACAAUUAAAGAUGGAUUUCCUGACGAAAUCGAACAAGGUCUUUUCCUAGACAAUGUAUUUAACCAGAUGGAAACGGAAGAAGUCAAACUAUGUCAGAACCAGACAGUUUCUCGCAUCUUGGAAGACAUCUUGCUCCUUGCUCAGCCGACCCAUCUCCGAAGGUUUCUCACUGGUGUUCUUGAGGAGUUUGAGGUGGUUGUUAAGGAUCGCUUUGCUGGACAUGUGAUCCAGAGAGCACUGCUGCAAACGACAAAGUUCUUGGAUGAUGAAGAUGAAGGAGCUGUACUUCAGGAGAAGGUUCACCCAAGACACCAGAUUGAACUCUUCAACAUUUUACUCCCAGUUCUUUCAAUGGCUGACCUGUUAAUCACCAACUUGACCACUGUGUUGAUGGACACAUAUGGCAACCACAUUCUUCGUACCAUGGUGCAAGUACUUGGUGGGUUCAAGGUGCCAGACCUGGUUGCAAGAAGUAGGUUGUCCAGGGAACAGCAAGACAAAGAAACUAACAGAGAGAUUGAGAAACUUCUUACAAAAGUACCAGAGAGGAUGCAGCAGAGACUCAAGAAAAUCACCAACACUAUCCUGAGUGCAGAGAACUUCAAUGAGUAUGUGCUGCAUCGUACCUCCAGCCCUGUCUUAGAGGUUCUACUCCUAAUAUUGCAGCAGUCUUAUCCUGGUCUGUGCCACCGCCUCUGUCAAGCUAUCCUCAAGAAGUCUAAAGUGAUGUCCAAGAAUCCUUCCCAAAGUGACCAAAGGGUUCCGGUAGUAUUGACAGACAAUGUUGGUAGCCACCUGUUUGAGAUUGUCAUUGAGGUAAUCUCUGAUGAGUCAUUCUCUGAGGUCUACUCACAGUGCUUCAGCCAUCACCUACUAGGCAUGGCUCUUCACCCAGUGGCUAACUUUGUGCUCCAGAAAUUAAUUAAAAGAGCAGCAAAGGAAGAAGAGUUUUCAGAGAUCUUUGACAAACUCUUAGCAAACAUUGAGGCUAUUCUUGGAGUUAAUCACAUGGGUGUAGUAUUGAGGCUAGCUGAGGCAUGCAUCCAUCACCCAGCUAAACAAAGUGACUUCUUGAAGGGAUUGUUAAGUGCAUUCAAUUGCUGGGAACCGAGAAAGCGACAAGCAACAUGUGUUUUGCUCAUUGCUGGCAUGGUUACGCAUGAAGUCUUCUUCUCAGAGAGCAAAGAAGACCAGGAACAAGACAAGGCAACAAAGCCUGGACUCAGUGAAGUUAACCUUCACGGAUCCCUACUCCUUCAGCAGCUGCUGAAGUUCAGUCACUGUGGUCCAAUCAUAGCUGGCUUCAUGGCCUUACAAGAUGCUGACUUGAUUGCUAUGGCAUGUUCUCCUAGUGGUAGUUACCUGUUAGAAGCCUUCAUGACUAGCAGUAUGGUCAGUGAGAAGAAAAAAGAUAGAUUAGGAGCUCAACUAAAGACAAAUUGUUUCAAGAUUGCCUGCCACAAGACAGGAAGCAGAUGCGUAGAAGCUAUCUUCAAGGCAGCUUCACUGAGAACAAAAAGCACUCUGGUUCAAGCGUUAGCUGAAAAGGACAAGCAGCUCCAAUCAGACCAUUUUGGUAAGUUUGUUCAUCGGAACUGUGCUGUGGGUCUAUUUAAGCUUCGCCAGCGAGAUUGGGAGGAGCUACAAGGAAGAGAAAGUAGAAAGAGAAAGCUCUUUGCUGACAUCAUUGGAGAUGACCAGUCUUCCAAAACGAAAAAGAAAAUAUCUGUAGAUGACAUCAUGAAGCCAGUUUCUAAGUACCCGGAUGAGUUGAUGGCACUGGAAAUAGCAGAAGAGAGUAAAGAAUCCAGUGAGGAUGACGACAUUGAUGAUAUCUUUAGAAAAAUAUCAAAGCCUGCAUCAAUGCUGAGUGAGUCACCACACAAGGACGCCAAACGGAAAAGAUCUUCCAAAGCUAAAGAGAGUAGACAGUAUGUUGACACAGAACAUGGUGAACCUACUGCCAAAGUUGAUGAAACAGACUCUCAAAGUAGCAUGACCCCAGCAAAAAAAUCCAAAAAGGCACCCAAAAAAAGGAAGAGAAAAGAUGUAUCUUCAUAGCAGAUGAGGAAAUGGCCUCUUUUGUAAAGGAUAAACAUUGAAUUUACUUGGAAGAUUAGCCUGUAACGUUGCACUUUGGAAGCAGAG